UAAAUAAUUUUCUAUGACGUAACGCUUGGUUUCGUCUCGGCGGCCAUUUUCUGUGUCGGGGAAUCUAGCUGAGUGGCGAGCUUACCGAGGAAAGAAACGGCAUCAAGUGGUUUUCUUCGUGUCUCGAGAUAUCGAAGGGAUCAAAUGUGUGAAAAGACUGUGUCGUAACACGUUUUACGUUCAAUGUACAUUUGGAAAAGAGCUUGACUGCACGCGCCACGCAAACAUGUCGGACGACGCGGCGAGGGACGACGCCUGUCGAGAGUAUCAGUCGUCGCUGGAAGAUCUGACUUUCAACAGCAAACCGCACAUCAACAUGCUGACCAUACUCGCCGAGGAGAACCUGCACUUCGCCAAGGAUAUCGUCGCAAUAAUUGAAGCACAAAUCGCCAAGGUACCUCCUGCUGAGAAGCUUCCAGUUUUGUACUUAGUGGAUUCCAUAGUGAAGAAUGUUGGAGGCGAAUACCUUACAGUGUUCGCUAAAAACCUAGUCACUACAUUUUUAUUGGUUUUUUCAAAGGUGGAUGACAACACUAGAAAAAGUCUUUUCAAAUUGCGCUCCACCUGGGAUGAAAUUUUCCCUUUGAAGAAACUUUAUGCAUUAGAUGUCAGAGUUAAUUCCAUAGAUCCCGCGUGGCCAGUUAAACCCCUCCCGCCUAAUGUGAACGCCAGCAUUCACGUGAAUCCGAAAUUUCUAAAACCGACUGAGGAAGUUGCGCUACCCAGCGGCAACAAUACCCCGCAAGCGACAGCCACACCUAUAGUGAGUGAGAAGAGCUUGACUCAGGAGCAAGCAAUACGGCAGCAGCUGCUGGCAAAGCAAAAGCAGUUGCUUGAGCUUCAGCAGAAGAAGAUAGAGCUAGAACUUGAACAAACAAAAGCCCAGUUGGCUGCCAAUCAGUUGGCAUCUACAGUCACCCCAUGUGUUAAUAUUCCAAGUCAACCUGGUAUUGGGGCAAAAAGUGCUCACCUGCCUAAUGCGUCUGGUAAACCUUGGCUUCCGUCACAGCCAGAAAGCAAGAUAUCUACACGAGAUCCUCGUCUCAAUCGGGCUGGGCAGGCUCCUCCACAUGUCAGCGAACAAGUUCCAAAUAAAAAGGAAAGCCACACAAUGGGCGCUUUUAUAAAUGCGUCAGAUAAGAAAAAUACACUUGAGAAGCUUGGAAAAUUUGAAAAGAUGAGGAUACCUAAAAAAGAGGUGCCAGAAGAAAAGCCAAAAUCCAAAUCACCAUCUCCGUUAAAUAGAGGUGCUCACAUGAGAAGUAAAAACUCUGAAGCAGAAAACGUAAAGGCGGGAGAUGUAAAUAAGAGGGACCCGAGGCUAAGGAAACACCUGUACGAUAAAGCGGAGGAUGAAGCCAAGGAAAAGAAACGGUUCUCUGACAAAAAGGACAGGGAUGACUCUGCCAAAGUGUCUGAGUACAGAUCUGCAGGUGCGAGAAAUAAGCUUGUUAAUGGUUCUGUCAGCAAGUAUGACAGAAACGAAAUGCUCGACAAGGCGGAAUCCAAAACAAACAAAGCAAAUAUGAGAAAACGGUCUCGUUCGAGGUCCCGAUCGCCACCGUUACAUUCCCCAAAGAGAAAAGAUAGACGCUCACCCAAGAGGAGAAUGCGAAGCAUUUCGUCAUCCCCUCCGAAGUUUGGUAAAGGUAGGCAAGCAGGACCGAAACAUUCGCACCUGGAAGAAUACUUGCACCGUGCCAGUUUAAAGGAGGAAAGGGCUGCUCUGAAGAAGAACACUAGUGAACCAAGAAGACCGAAAAGAUCGCUAGAGGAAAGGCAGAAUGAACCGAGGGACUCUCAUUCGCCCAGAUUACCCUCUGAGGUGAAAGAGAAUGCAAACAAGAGGUGGAGAAGUGGAUGGGAGGAAAACAAACAUCUGAAGCAGCCUGAUGAGAACUUGGUGUGUGGAAAGUUGGGCCCACAGAGACACAAACAGUCGUGGUCGGGCAACCAGAGAGGCCCUUCUACUCGGCCCCCCAAACAGCAUCGUCUGAGUGUUGAUGCCAACCUUCAAAUACCAGAAGUGCUAAACUCUGCAAGCAAAAGAGAUCUCUUAAAAAAGGCUAGCAAAAGGCUAGCAGAUGGGGAAAUAUCCCACGAUGACUUUCUUAACGUGGCCCACCAAAUCAAACAACUGUUUCAGUACCAAGAGGAAAAGCAAAGAUCUGACUCAUGGGAAGGGUCAGUUGAAGAUGUUCAGUUUGGGACCAGAAAGAAACCAUUAUUAUCUACACCUCCUCUCCAGCAGGCAAAUCUGUCAGAUGCUGAAAUAUCUUAUUAUGAACAUAAAGCUAAGCUGAGAAGGACACAGGUCCAGCACCAAGGUGGGAAAGAUUGUCACUCACCGUACAGUGAGAGAUCGCAGAUUGUGCGAUCUAUGUAUGAAGAAACAGACCAGGUAAAAGGUGGAUCUGAAUUGCAGAAAAGAUACGGUGAAAUGGCUGAAGGUGUGAAACUGGAAGAUUCAUCGAAAUCGCUGUGUUUGAGACAUGAAGAGCUGAAAAAAAAUGAUCGUCCUUCUCCAAGCCCAGUAAACUUUGAUGGACCCUCUGGAAAAUCUCCUGUCUCAGGCUUUGAUUGUUCAUCCAGCUUAGAUGCAGAGUGUCAUGAAAUAAUUGAGAGAGAGCAGAGUCCCAAUAAAAGAUUUGACAUUCCCUCCAGCUCUGAGCAUCUACUUCCGCAGUCUGAUGGUGAAGCUCCGUUGAGUUUGGAACAUCCUGAGUCUUCUGGACAAGGAAGGGGUGUACAGCAAGGCCAUUUACAUUGCUCAUCACCAGGACAGACGCCACCUCAUGUUUCCGAUGGUUUGCUUUUACAAACCGGUCUGUCAAGAUAUGAUGGGCCUCAGAUGGCACAGAGGUUUGAUAGCCAACAGUCUUCAUUAUACGACGGACCCACAAGUCACAAAGGACAGCCUAGAUUAGAUGGACCAGCAAGACCUCAUCAGCAAGGAAGAUUUGAUAACUCUGGACCAGGAAGACUUGAAAGUCAAACAGGGUCUCGAGGUCCUUCUAGGUUUGAUGGGCAACAUCAGCAAUGCCGCAGUAGAUUUGAUGGCCCGCAAGCAUCUAGACGGUUUGAUGGUCCACUAAUCCAUAAGGGUCCAGAGAGGUUUGAAGGCCCUAAUCAAUAUGAUGGCACAUCAGGGCUGGCAGGUUCACAGAGGUUUGGUGACCCUCAAGGUAUAGGGAGAUUUGAUGGGCCACGUCUUCAGCAAGGAACUGGCCGAUUUGAAGGGUCAGUUAGACAGCAAGGUCCUAGCAGGUUUGAUGCGCCAGGGCUUAUGUUUGAUAGUGCACAAAUGCAGUCUGGUAGAUUUGAUGGGCCCAUGAGGUUUGAAAACCCCCACAUCCAGCAAGGUCCUGGGGGAUUUGAAGGACAUUUUGGCGGGCCCCAAGUUCAGAAAGGCUCGGGCAGAUAUGUUGGACUUCCAGGUCACCAGGGACGAAUGAGGUUCGAGGGACCAGCUAAUCAGCCAUGCGCCGCACGCUUUGAGCAAACUCAAAGACCAUUGGGUCCUAUGAGAUACGAAGGGCAGCAGCAAGGAAUGGCCAGGUUUGACUGCACAGCUGGUCAGCAAGUCCCGCCCAGGUUUUGUGGUCCACUAAAUGUUCAAAAUCAGUUGAGACCACAGGGUCCGUCCAUGUUUGAAUCAAACCAAAGUCAACCCCCUCUGUCUACACCAUGUGGUCAGCAGUCAAAUUUCAGUAUGACCGAUCCUAGAUUUUCUGAGCCUAUAAAUGUGUUUGCUGGCGCAGCACCAUCUUUUCAAGGACAGCAGAAUCUGUCUCAAGACCCCAAUUUCAACGUGCAGCAGGUAGCUGGUACAGCAGGUUUCAACAGUUCUUUUGCCGGACCAGUUUCAUCGUUUUAUAAUCCUGGUGUGCCAGCUGGAAAUGCAAACACGUCCAUUCCUGGUGGAAACAUCACACAAACGAUGAACAUGCUGCCUGGCCUUGGAAAAACUGACCCUUACGGUCAAGGACAGUCCUAUGUACCAAUGCAGCAAAACCCCAUAUCUUUCAGUCAAACAGGUUCACAAUUUCCAUCAUCUGAAAGUCACUUUGGACAAGUGGACGUUAAUGACCUGUUCUCAAAGCUCAUUUCCACUGGAAUAAUAAAGCUGCCACAGUCCGAGACGACUGCAAGCGACACGGCUACACCUGCACAGCUUCAGCCAGUCGUGGAAGAGGAGGAGGAGGAGGAACAGGAUGAUGAUCAGAAUGUUCCUGAUCUCACCAGCUUUACCCUGGAUGAUAUGAAACAGAGAUAUGACAGUGUUGUCAUCAAACUGUACACUGGGAUUCAGUGUUACUCCUGUGGGAUGCGAUUCACUGCCUCGCAGACAGAUGUGUAUGCAGAUCACCUAGACUGGCACUACAGACAAAACAGAUCGGAGAAGGACAUCAGCAAAAAAGUCACACACAGACGGUGGUACUACAGUCUUACGGACUGGAUUGAAUUUGAAGAAAUUGCUGACCUUGAGGAGAGAGCCAAGAGUCAGUUUUUUGAGAAAGUUCAUGAAGAAGUGGUCCAGAAAACUCAGGAAGCUGCAAAGGAGAAGGAAUUUUCAAGUGUCAGAGCAGCUCCAGAUGUUGUUGAUGAGUCCUGUGAAAUCUGUCAGGAACAGUUUGAAACGUACUGGGAGGAGGAGGAGGAAGAGUGGCACCUCAAAAAUGCAAUCCGUGUCGAUGACAAGACCUAUCAUCCUUCAUGUUAUGAGGACUAUAAAAAUACAUCUGCAUUUGUGGACUGCACUCCAUCUCCUAACAAAGCUCUUUUGGAGAACCCUUUAAAUGUGUUUAUAAAAGAAGAAAAAGAACAAUCUUCAUGCUCAAGUGUUAAACAGGAAUCCGAUAUGCAGAAUAGCUCUACAGAAGUGAAUGUCAAAGAGGAGGUGAUUGAGUUAGAGGUGGAGACAGAAGUCAAUGCAAUUAUUUUUAAAUGA